GACCCUUCGCAUCUCUCUCUCCCCCCUCCCCAAUGGCCGACGGAAACCCUAACCAGAUCCCCAUCUACGGCGGCGGCGGCCACAACGCAGCGGCACUCCUCCGGCAGCUCCGGUCCCACGGCCCGACCUCGGCGCAGUUAUUCGGUUUCCUCGCAUUCUUCAUCUCCGGCGGGAUCCUCCUCUUCCUCACCGGCGUCACUGUCACCGCCUCCGUCCUCGGUUUCAUCGCUUUUCUACCAUUGAUCAUCAUCUCAAGCCCGGUCUGGGUCCCCGUGGUGGUCCUCGUGGGCGGGUUCUUGACCGUGGCGGGAUCGAUCGUGGGGACAGCUGCGGUCGUGUCGUGGACGUACAGGUAUCUACGUGGCAUGCACCCGGUCGGGUCGGACCAGGUAGAUUAUGCCCGGACUCGGAUCUAUGAUACGGCGGCUCACGUCAAAGACUAUGCAAGAGAGUACGGUGGUUACCUCCAAAGCAGGGUCAAGGAUGCGGCUCCUGGUGCCUGAACCGGACCGGUCUGGUUCUGGUUUUGGACGGUUCAGGAAAAGGUCGGUUUGCCCCCUUUUUUUACUUAAUUUUGUGGUUUAGCUUUUUUUUUGGUUAUAUGUAUCAUGAGAUUAUAAUUUGAACUUUGAAGAUUUUGGUGCAUGUGUUUGUAUUUAAAUGUCACUUGUGACUAGGAGUUUUUUUUAGCGUUUUC